GUCCCAGCAGGAGGCGAAGACAAAGAGGUCGACGCUGUGGAUCAAGAGCUUCCUGAAAUGGAUGACUUCGUGUGGUGCUACGUUUUCCAACAAGUGGGCAGCGCUGCACAACUGGCCAGGCUCCGUCUGGUGUGCCAGAGGUGGCGAGCUGUAAUCGAUGCCGAGGAGCGGUUGUGGCGGGCGCUGGUCGAACGCGACUUCGGGUGGAAACAGAGCGAGAGCCGCACGGGCAAGGGCGCCAGGCGUCGCCAAACCAGGCACAUCGACUACCAGUCCCUCUACCGCAAUCUAUCCAUCUCCACCAAGGCACACACGCAACAACAUGGAGUGGUCAGGAAAGAGGGGCUGAUGGCAGACCUACAGCAAAGACAGCAGGCCAAGCUCUCCAGCUUCAUGUGCCAAAUCCUGCCGUACGUGCUGGAACUGCAGAUCAGGAGGGCGGCCAACGCCAAACCGCCCAACACCUACACACGCGACUACCUGCAAUCGCACGCCCAGUCCUGGCUCGCUUGCACACAUCCACACGCGAGAAGCUACAGCUUGGUGUGCAAGGACUGCCAGCUGGGGAUGACGCCUAAGACCUACCAGCCGGACGAAUACUGGGAAAAGAACUGGCCCAAGGUGCUGGACUAUCGGCUGGGCCAGAGGAAGGCCCGGGAGUCUAUGGCCCACCGCUUCCAAGGUCUGUUUUCCUACCACCUUGACUUGGACAACAGUUAG